UGGAUUUUAGUAUGUAUAUACACUGAAAGUUGUACGGGCUAUCUUAUCUCGCAUUGCGUUCAGGUCCGUCUACAAAACAUGGCGCUGGAUUUCGCUGUUUUGAUCACUCUUGUGGGGUUAUUUUUCUGCGGUAGUGACGGUUUACUCCUGACAGACCCGUCCGUUAUGGACCAAAGAUUGACUCAUGUCGAGACGCUUAUCCAGGGACUGACUCAGGAGGUGAAUGCACUGAAACAAGAAAACGCAGACCUGAAGUCUAAAAUAUCCGCAGGUAGAACGCCGUCUCCUGUGUACUUUUCGGCCUAUAGGAAGACCACCUUAACGUAUUCUACGUCAUCCCAAGUAGACGUUGUGUUUGACGGUGUCCGCAGUAACUUCCACAACUGUUACGAUCCCUCUAAUGGUCGCUUUACUGCUCCUGUCAAAGGGUUCUACGUCUUCAGCUGGGAAAUAUUGACAUCGUCGGGCAACAUAUUUGACACCGAGCUGUUAGUGAACGGAGUGCGCUACCAGCUGAAUGACUGCAACAACCUUGCGCAGACUGCUGCGUACUCGAGCUGUACCGGUGUAGUUCCAGCUCCGUUAGAGGUUGGGGACGUUGUCCACAUCCGCAGUACUUCCGGGACACACCUCCAUGGCGGUGGAUGGUCCACCUUCAGCGGGUGGCUUGUAUUUGAAACGAGUUAAUAAAUACAGGUAGUCUUCCUCA